GUCACGUGGUUUUUGCGAGUGGCUUAGCGAGGCAUCCACACAUCUUUGCUGCGACUCCUCUGGUUUGAAAGGUGCACACUGCGUCGGUGUAACCGCUUCGAUCUGAUAGAAAAUACACUCAACGUUAUUUGCAAUAUUUGAUCAUACAACCAGUAUCAUGGACGUGACCGUAGUUACCAAUCCCACUGUGAAUGUGCGCCUAACAACCACCAUCUCCUCCUUUGAGGUGACGCGCAGGUUCAAUAGAGGGAUUAGUAUAGCAGAACUAAAGGGGAAGUUGGAGAUGGUUGUGGGCGCAUCUCCCUCCUGCAUGGACCUGGAGCUGUUCAGUGUCUCAGACCUGUUCCUGCAGAAAAUGGACGACAGUGAAGCUUUGCUGGGUUCCUAUCCUGUGGAUGAUAACUGCAGGAUACAUGUUAUUGAUAAAAGUGGUCAGAUCAGCGAGUACACUGAUGUUUCCAAAGUGGAGAAGUUUGAACUCCCAGAUGACGCCUAUAAUAAGAGAACAGAUUCAGCAAGGUCAUUCAUGAAGAAACAUGGUGUGGGUCACUUCAAUGAGGAAGAAAUGGCCAAGAAGAAAGCUGAGCUUGCUGCUCGGGAGGAUGAACAGAAGGCUGCUGCUGAUACUCUAUCCGCUGGCAGCAGAUGCAAAGUGCAGGUCCCUGGACAACCCACAAAGCUUGGCACAGUCAUGUAUGUUGGUACAACAGAUUUCAAGCCAGGCCACUGGGUUGGUGUGAAGUACGAUGAGCCCCUGGGAAAGCACGAUGGAACUGUUGCCGGAAGGAAAUACUUUGAAUGUGAGAACAAAUAUGGUGGAUUUGUGAAGCCCCUGAGUGUGACUGUGGGAGACUUUCCUGAGGAGAAUUACGAUUUAGAUGAGAUGUAGGACUGUAAUGUGACAGAGGCUGGAGUUUUUUCAGCCCUGUGAUUUGAGCGUGAAUCUCAAGAUGCUUUAUUCACCAACCAGAGAUUGUCAAUGUAAUUCAACUUUCUGUUUUGUGCUACUCUGGAGCGUAUGAUCUAAAGAGCGGAGUCAAAAGAUCUUUUGGUUUAAGUUCCUUCUCACUAACGCUGACGCAACCUGAUAGAUGUGAAUGUCAGGUAAUACAUCUCUGUGUACUGAAUAUGAUGAUAAUAUUUCAGGAUAUUUACACCAACAAGGUUUAAUAUAAGAGGGGUUUUGAUGCAUGUGAGGCAGCAUAAUGAAGGUUAUAUGUGGUCCUUCACUUCAUGCACUUCUGUUCAAUUGAGUUUACUUCCUCUAGUAGUACUUAAUGCUUCCAAGCAUUCUCAACAUUUAGUUUUUAUCAAGUUUGUACAAAGAUGAUUGUAUAUAACUGUUUAUAGUUAAUGGUAGUCUUAGGAUUUUUUGAAGACUGUAAAUUGCUGAGUUAGUGGUCAAAGGAAAAAGCCCCCCUAAAUUACUUUGAAACUUAACAAAAAGUGGCAUUGUCUUCCAGACUACAGACGUCACAUACAUACCUCCAAUUGGGUAAAGAAUGAAAAACAUUUUCAAAUCAAGAUCGGUACUUAAUGGUCAAACUCAUUCCACCAUAUUUCGCUUAUGUAUGACAGACCAUAUAUUCACAGUUGAAGAGAGAAGAAUAAAUAAAUCUCAUCCAACAGUAGCGUCAAUAGUUCACGGUGCAAAAAAAGCUGUUUAGAGCUACAUUGGUGAUCAAUGUCUGGAAUCAGUGUGAAAGUAUGCAAGAGUAGAUAUUUUUCAUUCAUUGUGCUUGUACUAUGUAAAACUCAAUUUGUAUGUUUCCAAGUGGAAAUAAUAUGUAAUUCCCUUUAACAGACUAAAUUCCUCUUGUUUAAAAUUAAAUUGUGUGAACUUGAAUGUGUCCUGCUUGUACUGAACCACUGGGAGUUUUUUUCUUCGAGUUUAACAUUUGAAAUGGUAAAGCUCAAUCUAACAAUUUGUAACGUAAAUGUCAUCGAGCAAAUGCUCUCCUGUGUAUAAAGAGAUGACAAAAUCCAAGAAUAUAACCAAUAAUUAUGGAGUUAAUUAAAAAUGACCAGUAAAGUAGCUCUGGUAAAUCUUCCAAAAUUGUCAAAUUGGAUACUAAAUAGGGAUUUUUCACAGAAGUCCUUAGAUGUGUUUCAGAGGACUCAAUCUGAUAUUAAAUUUAUCUAAAAAUAAAAAAAAAACAUUACAUUUUUAGUCAAACCUAGUACAGCUACUUUAAGUUUCUGUUUAAUUGUUUUCUUUACUGUAGUUCCAUUUAAGCAGGACACAAUUCAGUUUAUGUACAAUCUCUGUUAGCACUUUCUAUUCAUGUCCUUCAUCACAUAGUAUUGCACAGUUGUUGAUUAAGUAGUGGUCAUUUAGCGGUAUGAUAAAAUCUGAAGCAAGCCAGUUUGUUUCCCAUCUGUUUGAAAUGUAUUUAUAAUGUACUAUUAUAUGUAUAUUUUGAUUAAAUACCAGGUUGGCUAUCAAAGAAAUAUUUAAAAACAAGCAAAAACUAUGAAAUGUUCACCCUACAGUUAACUGACUUUCUCUCCAUUAUAAUCACCACAACACUCUGCUUCUGAAAUGAAUGAUUUGCCUUAUUUAUCAUUUGUUUUAUGUAACCGGUCCAAUACUGUAACACUAUUGCAACUGCAACAUGGUUUUUCAUCAUCUAAAGUUUACAGAAGAAAUAUAGAUGAAUUAUUCUUGUGGGUUUUUUUCAAUGCAAUGCCAUUACUUACAAAAAUGUAAUGCUCUCUUUUGCUUUUAUAAAAAAAAAACUUUCUUCUCCAAGGUGCUGGUGUUACUAUGUGCCAAAGGGUAAUGCAUAUUAAUAAAAAUGAUUU